AUGUCAAUGCUCGUAGCAACUGUUGGGGCAAAUCAGAAGAAGAAAAAGAAUAAACAAAAUGUUCCAUCAUUUGCACAUGUAGCGUUAAUUCUACAUUUAUUUGGUGAUGUCCAUUACAUAUGGAGGAAAUCAGCAAAAGAUGAUGAAGAUCCGGAAGAAGACACAUGGUCUCAAAACUUACAACUGGCAUCAGGUUCUCAAACGCAAUCCGCGGAAUGUAGCGCUUAUAAUUACACAUAUAAUAAAAUUAUUGAUUAUACGUCGAAGAAAACUAUUAAUGAUCAGCCAGAUGAAAAAGAACUGCAAGACCAGAUACUCGAUAUCCAUACCAAGGCGGUGAUUAUCAUUCCUCGUUUAUGCAUUUUAUUUCAAAUAUUCAAUUAUGCCAUGGAUGUAUUGAAAGAGUGUGAAGAUCAUGUUGUGUUUGAUGAGGGUUACCUAGUAUCAAGAAAAAUUAAUCAAUUAAUGGUCCGAAAAGCAACAGAAAUAGUGAACCAAAUAUUAGCUUCUGCACCUAGAAGUCAGUAUUAUCCCCAAAUGCCGAUGUUAUUCGUAGAAAAACCGGCUUGUAUUGCAGCCUGUGACUAUUAUGAUUAUCUUAAUAACAUGGCUGUCAUAUUAUUUACAUUACAAGAAUCACCCACAGAGCAGUAUGUAUCAAAAAAAUCGUUAUCUAUGUCUAGGUUGACAACAUUGAUAUCAUCAUCAAAUGUACUAUCAACAUCGGAAAGCACAAUUUGUUUAUUUCCAUUUAAUUUUUUCAUGUUUGGUGCUCUAGCAUCAAGAAUGCCAGAACCAUUGGAAACAAAAAAUUCACCAUUUCAUAAUUGCAGUCAUUUAGUUGAACCAGCAUUAACAAAUUUAAUGACCGAUGGAAUUUUGAUCAGUGGUGAUUUUCUAGUCGAUUCUAAAAAUCGUCGUCAUAAGAGCAUAAUGAAAGUUCCAGUGCCACAUGAUCAACAAAAACGUGAUCUAUUUGAAGCUAAAUUGAAAAAGUAUAAUGUUAAAUUAAGUGAUUAUGAAGCAUUGUACAAAACAUCUGCAAAACCAACAAAAUGUGGAUUAUCACGUGAAACUAUUUAUUUUUACUCUCAAAUUGCUGAUUUUGUACCUGAAUAUUCAAAAUAUAAAACGGAUAUGAAAGAAACAAUUGAAUAUUUAAUGAAAGAUGGCCAUAUUACAGAAGUAAUUGUCAAUAAUGAUAUUCAAUAUGCUAUUUCAUCAACAUCGACCCAUUUUCGUCCUCUUCCAAUAGAUAAAGCAACGUAUGAGCAAUUAAGAAAGGAAUUGCCUCUAUCACUGAAGCAAAAAAGAACAGGAAAAAUAAAUUCGGUUUCAACGCCACAACAACCACUAAUACCUAAUUUACAAUUGCUUCACCGAUUUGCUUCGGAUUUAUCUACGAUUGAUAUUAAUGCAUUAUUUGAAAUGUUAAUUCAAACAAAUUUAAGUAUGUUAAAACCAUUGGUUAAUUCAAGUACAAAUAAUUUUUUUUCUGGGGUCACUUUAUAA